AAUCCAAACGCCUCUCAAACACACAAAACUCGUGCUGUCAUAUGGCUUGGAAAAGUCUCAAAAAUCCCACAGCAUUAGCAUUUAAUUUCUGGUCAGUGAAUAUCGACCCUCCGUGUGUGUUGUGUCUCCCUCCUCGGAGUGCCACUGAAAAUUGCGCAUAAUUGCCACAUGGAAAGUCCCUGUUUUAAUAGUUAAUACUCAACAAAACUUUAGCUCGCAUAGUGCUCUCCCUCGGUAUUUCCAACAAAAAAAAAACCAGUGUGGAUUUUUCUUUUCUGCGUGUAUUGAGCCACCGUUUACUUGGACAUCAAUUGCAAGGCAACAUUGAGCGAGAUGACCUCGAAUUUUGUAGGUGACACCAGGAGACGAAGUGCAGGUGAAGAACAGGCUUUGCAGAUCAUACGAAAGUCACUGCAAACCAAUCGGAUGGAGCACAACGAGGGCACCCUCUUUGACGGCGGACGCAGGCAUAUUUUUGUGGUGUUUGGGAGUUCAGGGGAUCUUGCACGCAAGAAAAUCUACCCCACACUGUGGUGGCUGUAUCGUGAUGGCCUCCUGCCGGAGCGAACGCAUUUCUUCGGCUACUCUCGCAGCAAAUUGACCGUGGCAGAGCUCAAGGCCAAAUGUGCUCCGUACAUGAAAUGCCGGGCAGAUGAAGAAGCCCUCCUAGAGAAGUUCUGGAGUUUAAAUGACUAUGUAGCUGGAGGCUAUGACUGUGCUGAAGAUUUUCAGCGUCUCAAUCAAGCCAUGCUGCGCAUUGAGGAGGGAAAAUCCUCCAAUCGUCUUUACUACCUCGCUCUGCCUCCCAGUGUCUUCAACACUGUCACAGUGCACGUGAAAAAGGCCUGCUUUGAUCGUCAUGGAGACGGCUGGGACAGAGUUAUCAUUGAGAAGCCCUUUGGGCGUGAUGCUGCCACUUCUGAACAACUGAGCAACCACCUAGCUCAACUGUUCAGAGAAGAUCAAAUCUAUCGUAUUGAUCAUUACCUGGGCAAGGAAAUGGUGCAGAAUCUCAUGACAAUCCGCUUCGGGAAUCGCAUUUUCAGCCCAACCUGGAACAAUGGCAAUGUAGCUUCAGUCCUGAUAACCUUCAAGGAACCCUUUGGAACCCAGGGACGUGGAGGAUAUUUCGAUGAAUUUGGCAUCAUCCGGGACGUGAUGCAGAACCAUCUGCUGCAGAUUCUUUCUCUCGUGGCCAUGGAGAAGCCCGUUUCCUGCCAUCCAGAUGACAUUCGCGAUGAAAAAGUCAAAGUCCUCAAAUCCAUUCCACCCUUGACCAUUGAUGACGUUGUCCUGGGCCAGUAUGUUGGCAAUCCCGAGGCUGCGCCCGAAGAUGAUGCCAGCAAGGGCUACCUCGAUGAUCCAACAGUGCCAGCUGGCUCAAAAACCCCCACAUAUGCCCUUGCCGUGCUCAGAAUCAACAACGAACGCUGGGACGGUGUCCCUUUCAUUCUGCGCUGCGGCAAGGCACUCAAUGAGCGCAAAGCCGAAGUCAGAAUUCAGUACCACGAUGUGCCUGGAGAUAUUUUCGACGGGAAACCAAAACGCAAUGAACUAGUGAUUCGCGUUCAACCCGGAGAAGCCCUCUAUGUCAAAAUGAUGACCAAAUCCCCAGGAAUAACAUUUGAUCUGGAAGAAACUGAGCUGGAUCUCACCUAUACACAUCGCUACAAGGAAGUCACCCUUCCAGACGCCUACGAAAGACUCAUCCUGGACGUUUUCUGUGGCUCUCAGAUGCAUUUUGUCCGUUCUGACGAACUUCGCGAAGCAUGGCGAAUCUUCACUCCAUUGUUGCACAAAAUUGAAGCUGACCAGUGCGAUCCCAUUCCAUACAUUUACGGCUCUCGAGGACCCAAAGAGGCUGAUCUAAAGUGCAAAGAGAGCAACUUCAAGUACUACGGCUCCUACAAAUGGCACAAACUCUAAAAGGAGAUCCUAACAAAAUUUUCUCACAAAAUAAUUCGGGUAGCGGCGGGAAACUAUUUAUGAGCAAACGCAAAACGAAUUUUUAUGGUGUCAGGAAAUACUUACAAGAUAUUUAGAAGUUUCUUUUUUUACACAAAAUGUUGUUUUUUUUUUUAACGGAAUCUUUGAGAUGAACCUCUGUUUUGUACAUUCCGUAUGAGGACAUUUUUUUUUCUACAACGUGUUUAUUGUGUUAAGACAAUGAUUACAGAGAAAAAAAAAAGAUGAAACAAAACUGAUAUUAUGACAAGCAAUAAAGAUCAUUCCCUGAAUCUUGAUAA